UCUGUUAUGUGUGCCAUGGUCUCAACCCAGCAGUGUUGACAAUAGGGUGAAAAGAAACAGCCCCGAAUCAUAAACGAGCUAAGGAAAAUACCAAAAUCCAGGGGUUUGGGGAAGACAAGCAAUUGAAUCAGUAACAGGAAUGUAAUUGCGUGAACCUAAUCGUUUUAUAUAGCCGUAUUUUGUUAUUAAUGGGAGUUUGAGGAUUAUUCCGUUGGAAGGAAAAAGGUACUCGUGGGUUUGGCUGUUUCAGGCCAAAUUUUCCUGCUGUUCCGCCGCUGCUUGGGAAAGGCUGUUCGCACCGAGCUGGAGGUAGCCUAACAGUUAGCCCGAUAGAUUUCCAAACAUAGGAUAACUCCUCGCCGCCGUCUCCGUUGCGAACCGCAAAGGAUCAAGGUAAAGUACUACAAUUGGAGGGCUAACAGCCACUCGGUCGGCUGCAGCUUGUCGGGCUCGGGUCGGGACUCGGGACGGUGUGUGUUUCCCAACCCUGUCGGUCUGUCAGUCUUUGAGCGCUAGCUAACGGUAGCAGAAUUAGCACUGCCACUGUAUUUACAUCUGGGAUGAUGGGUGAUCGCCCAAGCCCGCCCAGCAGGGCUAUGUCCUCGGCAGCCACCACAUCUCCAUCUGUGGACAAAGUGGACGGAUUUUCACGGAAGUCUGUCAGGAAGGCCAAGCAGAAGCGGUCGCAGAGUUCGUCCCAAUUCCGCUCUCAGGGCAAACCCAUCGAGCUCACGCCCUUGCCACUGCUCAAGGACGUGCCAGCGCCGGAGCAGCCGGAGCUGUUCCUGAAGAAGCUGCAGCAGUGCUGUACUGUCUUUGACUUUAUGGACACGCUGUCGGACCUCAAGAUGAAGGAGUACAAGCGCUCCACGCUCAACGAGCUGGUGGACUACGUGACCGUCAGCCGGGGCUACCUGACAGAGCAGGCCUACCCCGAGGUCGUCAAAAUGGUGUCUCACAACAUAUUCCGGACCCUUCCGCCCAGUGACAGUAACGAGUUUGACCCUGAGGAAGACGAGCCCACGCUCGAGGCCUCCUGGCCACACUUACAGUUGGUAUACGAGUUCUUCAUCCGGUUCUUGGAGAGUCAGGAAUUCCAGCCCAGCAUUGCCAAAAAGUACAUAGACCAGAAGUUUGUCCUACAGCUCUUGGAGUUGUUUGACAGCGAGGAUCCUCGGGAGAGAGACUACCUGAAGACAGUCUUGCAUAGAAUCUACGGCAAAUUCCUGGGGCUGAGGGCUUUUAUACGAAAACAGAUCAAUAAUAUUUUUCUACGUUUUGUUUAUGAGACGGAGCACUUCAACGGGGUGGCGGAGUUGCUGGAGAUCCUGGGGAGUAUAAUCAAUGGUUUCGCUCUGCCACUGAAAGCGGAGCAUAAACAGUUUCUGGUCAAAGUGUUGCUCCCCCUCCACACCGUCAGGAGUCUGUCCCUCUUCCACGCACAGUUGGCGUAUUGCAUUGUACAGUUCCUAGAGAAAGACCCAACAUUAACAGAACCAGUCAUCAGAGGCUUACUGAAGUACUGGCCGAAAACCUGCAGUCAAAAAGAGGUGAUGUUUCUAGGGGAGCUGGAGGAGAUCCUGGACGUCAUCGAACCAACACAGUUCGUCAAGAUCCAGGAGCCACUCUUCAAACAGAUCUCCAGAUGUGUCUCCAGCCCACACUUCCAGGUUGCAGAACGAGCUCUGUACUACUGGAACAACGAGUACAUCAUGAGUCUGAUCGAGGAGAACUCCAGCGUCAUCCUGCCCAUCAUGUUCGCCAGCCUCUACAGGAUCUCCAAAGAGCACUGGAACCCGGCGAUCGUGGCGCUGGUGUACAACGUACUGAAGGCCUUCAUGGAGAUGAACAGUACCUUAUUCGAUGAACUCACAGCCACUUACAAGUCGGACCGCCAGCGUGAGAAGAAGAAGGAGAAGGAGCGGGAGGAGCUGUGGAAGAAGCUGGAGGACUUGGAGCUGAAGCGGGGCCUUAGGAGCGACGGGAUCAUCCCAACUUAACGAAGACAGCGCCGCGUUCCCCUUCAGCCCCUCCCCCACCUCGCAGCCCCUGUGACUCCCCCUUCCCCUCCAUCCUCCCCCCCGACUCCCCUCCUCCACAUCAGCCACGUCUGCCCAGAGCUCUGAGAAAAACCCCGAUACAGGGCCGUCGUCUCUGGAUGGACACGGAGCGCCCGCUGGUUUCUUAAUUGUUUUUGUUUUUUUUGUUGUUUUUUUUUCUUAUGUUUUUUUUUCUCCUGUGUUUGUUUGUGCGACUUACUUUACAGUAGAUUCAUCACGUCUGUUUUCAUUAUUUCAACAGCACUGUAAAUAAUUAUUUUUUUCUUUUUUUUUUUUUUCCCUUAAACUGAUAUUAUUGCAAAACGGAAAAAAAAACAAAACAAUAAUAAUAAAAAAAAAAGGAAGAAAAAAAUAGAAAAUGAGAAAAUGACUUGUGUGGGAGGGGAACAAAAAAAAACAAACAAAAAAACACUUUUGGACUGUAGGACAUGAAAUGAACUCUUGGAAAACAAAAAAACAACAAAAAAAGAGAAGAUAGAUUGAUUUUAACUCUUCAUCCCACUCUUCUUCAGUACAGUCCCGUAUGUAAUUUUUAUUUCCUGGUUCUCCUCUUUGCUUUUCCUCUCGUUGCCUCCAUCUUUCUGUUCCCUCCCUCCUUCCUCUCUUAACGGUGCAUCUGUCAUUUCUGCCCCCCUGUGUGGGACGGUCCGGACUGAUAAUGGGUCCCCCUCUCCCCUCCUCGCCCUCCUCGCCUCCUCUCUGGCCCCGCCCACCUGCCGACACGUUCUCCUUCCUGUUUUAAAACGGGCGGGAAAAAAAACUGAACAAAAACACAUUUUAAAAAACGACAACAGGGACUUUGUGAGUAACACAAACAUCUCCUCUUUGAGUGCGUUUACAUGCGUGUUCGUGGAAGAUUUAACUGUAAAAUAAAUGUUUAUUUCUUUACAUAA